AUGACUGUGAAUGAUGAUGAUAUGGCCUUUCAGAUGAUUCCCCCAAGGUUGUCAUCGUCUCCGCCUCCCUUGGAUUCACUUCCCACUGUGACUUGUCCAGAAGAGGAGGAUGAUGAAGAAUUUGGGAACUUCUCAACUCAUAAUACUUCAUUUGAUAUCACAGGACUAUCUGAUAAGCUACCUCCUACCCCAGAUACCAGCCCUUCCAAAUUUCCAACAGUAGGACAUGUAAUAGGAAAAGUUUUACCUUCACUUGUGGAAGGAGUUAGAGAUGACACUAUAAGCCAAGAUUCAGGAGUGGGGAGUUCAAAUCAUCCAAAUGAAUUCUCUCCACAACCUCCAUUGGAUGAUCAUUCAUUUGGGGAUUUUUCAAGUUCUGUUCCUGAUGUUUCAAAGGUGAGUGUUGAACCAAGAAAUGAAGCAGGAAACUUGAAAAGCGAAGACGACGACUUUACUAAUUUUCAAGCAUUUAGUUCUGUUUCCAACAUACCACCGAGAGUUAAGGACUCAGAAUGUGCAACUAUCUCCUCAGAUAAUGGAAGUGGUGAACAUGAUCAUGUCAACAACUCUAGUCAAAUCUUCUCUGCAGUGCCUGAGUGCUAUGAGGGUAGUGGCAGAAGAUCUAGGAAUAGUUUUUCUAUGAUAGGCACUCCCCCACCUCUUGAUUAUGUGGCAAAUAGUGAGACUCUUGAUGAUGAAUUCUCUAGGUUUUCUCCAAAUCUUCCUACUGAUAAUGAUGAUUUUGGGGAUUUUAAAUAUAAUGAGAUGCCAGAUAUUACCAAUGGAGAAUUGCCUUUUGCAGAGAAAGUAAAUUGCAAUAAAAGUUCACCAGUACUUCAUAAAAAAGAAAGGUUUACCUUACAAGAUUCUGUGAAAAAUAAGGAAAGUGCCCCAUUAAACAUUAAAGAAAGUGUGUCAGCUAAUGUAAGUAUCAUUAAAAAUAUUACAAAUCAGAUGAAUAAUAUAGAUGAAAACAGUGGUUAUUCGAAAACUGAGACAGCGAAUGUCAUCAAUAAAAGUGUUCCUCCUGACUGUAUAAGCAUAGGUAAUGAAUUUAGUACCCAGGUUUCUAGAACUUUGGAUAAAAAUUUGAAUAUGGGAUAUGAAACUCAAAGUACUGUGACUACCAAUCGGAAAGAUGGCAUUAGCAGUGUAUUUUCCUCUGAAAAUGUAGUAGAAAAAGUAAAGAAUGAGGUUAUGGAUGCUGGUAGUGUAGAAGAGCAUCAUUGUAUAAAAGCUUCUUGCUCAUGUGAUAGUGCAGAGAGCCAUUGGAAAAAUGAAAUAGAAGAGCAAUUAGAUAUAAGCAAAGUAAGUGUUGAAAGUUGGACAGACUAUGAAAGAGGAGAUAAAAAAAAUGAUUCUGGAGUGGAUGCCAAUUCAAUUUCUAAUAAAAGUGCCUGUAAUCAUGAGGAUUAUGAAUUUAGUGAGGUGAGAACAGAAAAGGGAGAACAUGAUGGAAUUCAGUGCUACAAAUCAUACACAUUGAGGGAUAGUGUGGUUUUAAGGGAACAUUCUCCAAGUGAUAUUGAACAUUUUGAUAAAGCUGAUAGUCAAAGUGAAUCAGAUUUUGGGGACUUCAGUAAAGCAAAUGAUGAGGAUGAUGACCUUGAUUUUGCUGAUCUAAGGGAACAAGUGGAGAAUGGCACAUUUGGAACAGAGGAAGCUGUACAUUUAGCUGAUGAAGUUGGCAAAUUUUCUGAUACUCAUAUAAACAGUGAAAAUGAAGAUGAAUUUGGUGAUUUUAAUUCUUCAGCAUUUAUUGACAGUGAAUUUGGAGAUUUUGGUAGUGCAAAUGUUGGUGAUGAGUUCGGAGAUUUUGCUGUGCAUGAAGCAUGUGGUUCAUACACUAAUCAUGAUCUCAAGGGUGAAUUUGGUGACUUUGAUGAUCCUGAGGGUACAAGAGACUUUGGGAAUUUUACCAAAGCUGCUGGAUCAAAAGAGAGGGGCACAGGAGAUUUCAGCCCUUCAUGGAAGGAGAGCAACUUUGCAACUCCCUGCACAAGUAGCCCUGUUUUAAAAAAGGUUUGGAAAACUCAUACUUUUUUUCUAAUUUUUAAUGUAGGUUUAUAGAUACACUAUUUUCCUUAAUAUUUGAAAAACAUUUUAAAAAAUAUUCCUUUUCAAUUGAUGGUUCCUUUAACCCUUUCAGAGCCGGUACCAUACUUGUACGGCUUGAGAGCCGGGGUCAGAGCCGUACUUGUAUGCGUAAAUUCUAGCGCCUUCAAAUUGAGCGGAAGAAAGCUGGUAGGCCUACAUAUGAUAGAAUGGGUCUGUGUGGUCAGUGUGUGCAGUAUAAAAAAAAAAUCCCAAAGCUUGCAGUGCGUAACGAGAAAAAAACUCCAACCAUGUUUUUAAGAACAUAAGAACAUAAGAAUUGAUGAGGGAAAAAAGGUGAGUGGUGCGUUGAGGUAUAUGUGGAGUCAAAAAACGUUAUCUAUGGAGGCAAAGAAGGGAAUGUAUGAAAGUAUAGUAGUACCAACACUCUUAUAUGGGUGUGAAGCUUGGGUGGUAAAUGCAGCA